UUUUUUGUUUAAAAUUGCUGUGAAAAUCAAUUUUUUAAUGCGUAAACAUUAAAUAUAAUCUAGUCGUUCAUUAAUAAUACAAAGUGUCCAUUUAAAAUAAUGACAAAUUAUACAUUAAAACUUUGUGACGUAAAUCAUCUUCUUUAACUCUGAAAUAUUAUUUUAGCGAAGUGUCGACUCUUAGUGUAUAAAGAUCGUCUGGUAAAUGUUAUCUGAGUAAAGUGUUUUCAAGAUAAAUAAAUAAGUGCUUUGAAAAUUUUUUUUUGUAAAAAUUUUCAAUUAUCCGGAAUGCGUCUUUUAAUUGGAUUAAAUACCGAGAAAAGUCGGUCUUUUUUGUUUUACUUACAACAAAGAAGUUAAUAUAUAAUAAAAUAAAGAAAAAAAGGUGGGGAAAAAAAAUAGUAAAGUGAAACUUAAUUGUGCUGGAGUGAAACCGGGUGUUGGAUAAGGGCCAAUUAGUUUUUAAAAUUCAUUAACAUGUCCACCGUCAUUGAAGAGUUCAACUACCUGUGUCGUCUGUGUGCGACGAAACUCCUCAUGGGUUUGCCGAUUUUCGAUACCGAUAAGCAGAUGAGGAAUAUCGACAAAAAAAUUACAACCUGCUUAUCCCUACAGGUAUCGAUGAGUGAUCAACUGCCAAAAGUUAUCUGCGGCGAAUGUGCAUUUAAAUUGGAGGAGUUAUUUGAUUUUCGUGAAAAGUGUCUCAACACUGAGGAAAUGUUCACGGGAAUGUUGAAGGAAAUCACAAAACAAGAAGACGCAAAUAUGGAGCAUCAUCUAAAUAUUGAAAUUCAAUCAAACAUUGAAGAAAUACAAACUCAUGGAACAACAAAUCAGCUGAAUGAUGAAAUUCACACAAUGCAAAUAAUGGACGAUAUGGAUUUAGCCGGUGGUGAACAGGUUGUCACACAAGAAGAAAUAAAUCAUCAAGAUGAUGAUCUCGAAGUCACUGAUAUUGAUUGUCUCGAUGGUGAAACAGUUCGAAUGGUCGAUGAACAUAUUCGAGAAGUUUCAAAUCAUCAGAUCGCGAUGCAUUUGGAAGGAGAUAUGACAGUGGUUGGGAAUUUAACUGUUCAGGGACAUUUAGAUCCACUUGAAAUUAAUUAUGUCACGACGAUUAAUCCCAACUCCAGUGGCGAACAAAUAGUUCACUAUUGCGAAAGCGUUAAAUAUGAACCACUUACCGUAAAAGAUGAAUUUCGUAGGCUACAAGAGAGCCUUAAUGUCGAGUCAACGACUCGUGUUAUUGAAAAUAACGUGAGUACAGAAGAUUUUUCCACAACGCACAAAACAAAGGAAACAUUUAACAUUCCGAGUGAAUCGUUAAAUACAACGACAGUAACGGAACUUCCCUCAACAAGUCAAGUGAACACUGAAAAUUGUCUAGUUGUUGAGUAUUCAAAACAGGGGAAAAAGGAUUUAUUUGAUUCAAUUCUUGAGAAUCCGACAAUAGACGCAAACGGAGUGAAUUGGUACGUUUGUCCAUUUUGCAAUGAAGCUGCCUCGGAUCCAAAUAAUUUAAUUCCCCAUUUUGAGCAGCAUUUUUGUAAUUGUCCCACUUGUGGUCUUUAUUUCACGAGUGUUGAAGUAUUGACGAUUCAUAAGCAAACAUGUGAGGAGAAAAUUAAUUCAAUAGACGAGCAGAUUGUUGUGGAGGAGAAAAUUGAUGAGACGGAAAAAAUAACGGAAACACAGGACGACGAACAGCAGAAGAAGCAAUCAGUUCGUCGGAAGUGGACGCCGAAAAUUUGUACCCAAUGUGGAAAGCAGUACAGAACAAAUUAUAAAUUGCAGGAGCAUAUGCGUAAGCAUACGGGGGAAAAACCAUUUCAAUGUUCAAUGUGCGAGAAAGCUUUCAGAAGUAAAAUUGGAUUGGCACAGCAUUUUGCGACACACACUGGACAAUUUGAUUAUAAUUGUUCGACCUGUGGGAAGGGUUUUCAGUGCAAGAGUUAUCUUAUUGUACACCAAAGGGUACACUCCGACCUGAAGCCAUAUCCCUGCGAUAUUUGCAGUCAAAAUUUCAAAACGAAACAAUCACUUCUCGAUCAUCAAAAUCGUCAUCUAGGCGUAAAACCCUACAUGUGCGAAGUCUGCGGACGAGGUUUCAUCACCAAGGGCCUAUGCAAGAGUCAUCAGAAAAUUCACUCCGGCACGGAUAAUCGUCAAUAUCCCUGUGUUGUCUGCAAUAAAAUGUUCGUCAGCAAAAGCUAUUUGAACACUCAUCUUCGAAUUCACACCGGCGAGAAACCCUAUUUGUGUGAAGUUUGCGGAAAGGGUUUUCUAACGCGUGUCGAUUUGAAAAUUCACUCCACCAUGCAUACAGGUGAGAAGAGUUUUAAAUGUGAAGUUUGCGGAAAAGUAUUCGCGAGACGUGCCGCCCUACGAUGCCAUCGAAGAUCACACACCGGUGAACGACCAUACAGAUGUGAUGUUUGCGGUAAAACUUUUACACAAUUUAGUCCAAUGGCAAUUCAUAAACGUUUACAUACCGGUGAAAGACCCUAUGAAUGUGAUGUUUGUGGCAAAGCAUUUGUGUCAAGAUCAACGAUGAUGUGUCACAAAAAAAAGAAUCACGCCGACGCUCCUCAAUCAAAAGAUGGUGCGCCCGUCGAUAAAAAAUGGAAGGCCGGCACUAAUUCUCAAUCAAAAGCAAAUGUAACGCACAUACUGGGAGAAUAAUUGUUAAUUUUUAAUUGUGUGCUCUUUUUAGAAAAAUACAUUUUUUCUAUUAUUUAAACUCCUAAGAUUAUCCAUUCAAUAUUUUAACAUAUGCUUCAAAUUCAACAAAAACGAAAAUAAAAAAUAAAUACAAAAAAAUAUUUCGUGCAAAACUGGACCAAUAAGUUUUUACUGAAAAAUUGUAUUUUCAAGUAAAAAAUAUUAAACGAAUGAUCAAAAUGUUUUGCUUGUGCUAAUUGAAUGCUUCCAUAAAAUUAACAAACAAGUUAAUUUGCUUUUAGUUCUACAUUAGUACGAAUCGGCGGAACAUUUUUUUUUAAAUACUAGUCUUAAUUUUUCAAAAAUUAGAGUUGCAAAAAAAAGUUGUAUUGUAUAUAAGUUUGUAUAUGAAACAUGUUUUAGCUAAGCAACAAUAAGUCGAAAAUUUCUUUUGCCCACAGCAUCGUAUCUUUUGUAAAAAUUUACGAAAGUCACAUGCUGUUAGAUUAACAAUUUUUGAAAAACAAUCGAAUUGAACUAAAUUAAAAUAAUUUUAUUUCACUACCAAAAUUUGCAUAAUGUUUUUUAAAUAAU